AUGAAGGUAACUGCGCCAGGAGAUCCGGGGACUGAGGUGGAACGUGUGGUUAGGGAGAGGAGAGGAGAGAGAGGAGAGGAGAGGAGAGUGAACUGGCAGAGGGGUUUGUUUACUAGUACAGUAGGAGUUCCCUAUCCUUUACUACAUAUCUCAUGGGUACUUAGGCAUGCCCUAUCUGACUACAUUCUCUAGGCACUAGGCAAGCUAUCCUUUCUAUCAGUGAUCUCUACUAAAGGACUAGGAGCCCUACCUUUCUACAUAUCUCAGCACUAUGGCUAUUUUUCAGUAUAGCUCCUAUCCUUUCAGACAUAUCAUAGGCACUAGGAGCUGAAUCCUUUCUCUUCUAGGCAGGGGGGGGUUUUCAUAGUCUCAUAGGACACUAGGGAAGCCCAGGAUCCGGUUUGUGAACUAUCUAUAGGACUAGGGAGGCCCUAUCACUUACAUAUCUGCAUAGGUUACUAGAAGAGCAUCCUAUCCUUUCUACAUAUCUCAUAGGUACUAGGGCAGCCCUAUCCUUUCUACAUAUCUCAUAGGCACUAGGCAGCCCUAUCCUUUCUACAUAUCUCAUAGGCACUAGGCAGCCCUAUCCUUUCUACAUAUCUCAUAGGCACUAGGGAGCCCUAUCCUUUCUACAUAUCUCAUAGGCACUAGGGAGCCCUAUCCUUUCUACAUAUUCUCAUAGGCACUAGGGAGCCCUAUCCUUUCUACAUAUCUCAUAGGCACUAGGGAGCCCUAUCCUUUCUACAUAUCUCAUAGGUACUAGGGAGCCCUAUCCUUUCUACAUAUCUCAUAGGUACUAGGCAGCCCUAUCCUUUCUACAUAUCUCAUAGGUACUAGGCAGCCCUAUCCUUUCUAAUAUCUCAUAGGACUAGGCAGCCCUAUCCUUUCUACAUAUCCAUAGGACUAGGCAGCCUAUCCUUUCUACAUAUCUCAUAGGCAGCCCUAUCAUUUCUACAUAUCUCAUAGGCAGCCCUAUCCUUUCUACAUAUCUCAUAGGUACUAGGCAGCCCUAUCCUUUCUACACAUCUCAUAGGUACUAGGCAGCCCUAUCCUUUCUACAUAUUUCAUAGGCACUAGGGAGCCCUAUCCUUUCUACAUAUCUCAUAGGUACUAGGGAGCCAUAUCCUUUCUACAUAUCUCAUAGGCACUAGGCAGCCCUAUCCUUUCUACAUAUCUCAUAGGUACUAGGGCAGCCCUAUCCUUUCUACAUAUGUCAUAGGAGUUAUUACUAGGCAGCCCUAUCUUUCUACAUAUUAUACGGCACUCAGGGAGCCCUAUACCUUUCUACACAUCUCAUAGUACUAGGAGCCCUAUCCUUUCUACAUAUCUCAUAGGACAAGCCCUAUCCUUUCUACAUAUCUCAUAGGUACUAGGGAGCCCUAUCCUUUCUACAUAUCUCAUAGGUACUAGGCAGCCCUAUCCUUUCUACAUAUCUCAUAGGUACUAGGCAGCCCUAUCCUUUCUACAUGUAUCAUAGGUACUAGGCAGCCCUAUCCUUUCUACAUAUCUCAUAGGCACUAAGAGCCCUAUCCUUUCUACAUAUCUCAUAGGUACUAGGGAGCCCUAUCCUUUCUACAUAUCUCAUAGGCAGCCCUAUCCUUUCUACAUAUCUCAUAGGCACUAGGGAGCCCUAUCCUUUCUACAUAUUCAUAGGACAGGAGCCCUAUCCUUUCUACAUAUUCAUAGGCACUGGGAGCCCUAUCCUUUCUACAUAUCUCAUAGGCACUAGCAGCCCUAUCCUUUCUACAUAUCUCAUAGGACAGGGCAGCCCUAUCCUUUCUACAUAUCUCAUAGGUACUAGGGAGCCCUAUCCUUUCUACAUAUUCAUAGGCACUAGGCAGCCCUAUCCUUUCUACAUAUCUCAUAGGACUAGGAGCCCUAUCCUUUCUACAUAUCAUACGGUAUAGGCAGCCCUAUCCUUUCUACAUAUCUCAUAGGUACUAGGCAGCCCUAUCCUUUCUACAUAUCUCAUAGGCAGCCUAUCCUUUCUACAUAUCUCAUAGGACUAGGCAGCCCUAUCCUUUCUACAUGUUCAUAGGUACUAGGGAGCCCUAUCCUUUCUACAUAUCUCAUAGGCACUAAGAGCCCUAUCCUUUCUACAUAUAUCAUAGGCACUAAGGAGCCCAAUCCUUUCACUAAGCACCACUACAUACAUAGGACUAGGCAGCCCAUAUUCAAACUAGAUAUACAUAUAUCAUAGGCACUAGGCAGCCCUAUCCUUUCUAAUAUCUCAUAGGUACUAGGCAGCCCUAUCCUUUCUACAGUAUCUAUAGGCAGCCCUAUCCUUUCUACAUAUCUCACUAGGCACUAAGGAGCCCUAUCCUUCUACAUAUCUCAUAGGCACUAGGAGCCCUAUCCUUUCUACAUAUCUCAUAGGAGCCCUAUCCUUUCUACAUAUUUCAUAGGCUACUAGGGAGCCCUAUCCUUUCUACAUAUUUCAUAGGCACUAGGGAGCCCUAUCCUUUCUACAUAUCUCAUAGGUACUAGGCAGCCCUAUCCUUUCUACAUAUCUCAUAGGCAGCCCUAUCCUUUCUACAUAUCUCAUAGGUACUAGGCAGCCCUAUCCUUUCUACAUAUCUCAUAGGUACUAGGCAGCCCUAUCCUUUCUACAUAUCUCAUAGGUACUAGGCAGCCCUAUCCUUUCUACAUGUAUCAUAGGUACUAGGCAGCCCUAUCCUUUCUACAUAUCUCAUAGGCACUAAGAGCCCUAUCCUUUCUACAUAUCGCAUUAGGCACUAGGAGCCCUAUCCUUUCUACAUAUCUCAUAGGUACUAGGCAGCCCUAUCCUUUCUACAUAUCUCAUAGGACAGCCCCUAUCCUUUCUACAUAUGUCAUAGGUACUAGGAGCCCUAUCCUUUCUACAUAUCUCAUAGGUACUAGGCAGCCCUAUCCUUUCUACAUGUAUCAUAGGUACUAGGCAGCCCUAUCCUUUCUACAUAUCUCAUAGGCACUAAGAGCCCUAUCCUUUCUACAUAUCUCAUAGGCACUAAGGAGCCCUAUCCUUUCUACAUAUCUCAUAGGUACUAGGCAGCCCUAUCCUUUCUACAUAUCUCAUAGGCAGCCCUAUCCUUUCUACAUAUUUCAUAGGCACUAGGGAGCCCUAUCCUUUCUACAUAUCUCAUAGGUACUAGGCAGCCCUAUCCUUUCUACAUAUCUCAUAGGCAGCCCUAUCCUUUCUACAUAUUUCAUAGGCACUAGGGAGCCCUAUCCUUUCUACAUAUCUCAUAGGUACUAGGGAGCCCUAUCCUUACCACAUAUCUCAUAGGCACUAGGCAGCCCUAUCCUUUCUACAUAUGUCAUAGGUACUAGGGAGCCAUAUCCUUUCUACAUAUCUCAUAGGUACUUGGCAGCCCUAUCCUUUCUACAUAUGUCAUAGGCAGCCCAAUCCUUUCUACAUAUCUCAUAGGCACUAAAGAGCCCUAUCCUUUCUACAUAUCUCAUAGGCAGCCCUGUCCUUUCUACAUAUCUCAUAGGUACUAGGCAGCCCUAUCCUUUCUACAUAUCUCAUAGGUACUAGGGAGCCCUAUCCUUUCUACAUAUCUCAUAGGUACUAGGGAGCCCUAUCCUUUCUACAUAUCUCAUAGGCAGCCCUAUCCUUUCUACAUAUUUCAUAGGCACUAGGGAGCCCUAUCCUUUCUACAUAUCUCAUAGGUACUAGGCAGCCCUAUCCUUUCUACAUAUCUCAUAGGCAGCCCUAUCCUUUCUACAUAUUUCAUAGGUACUAGUGAGCCCUAUCCUUUCUACAUAUCUCAUAGGUACUAGGGAGCCCUAUCCUUUCUACAUAUCUCAUAGGCAGCCCUAUCCUUUCUACAUAUUUCAUAGGCACUAGGGAGCCCUAUCCUUUCUACAUAUCUCAUAGGCAGCCCUAUCCUUUCUACAUAUUUCAUAGGUACUAGUGAGCCCUAUCCUUUCUACAUAUCUCAUAGGUACUAGGCAGCCCUAUCCUUUCUACAUAUCUCAUAGGCAGCCCUAUCCUUUCUACAUAUCUCAUAGGCAGCCCUAUCCUUUCUACAUAUCUCAUAGGCAGCCCUAUCCUUUCUACAUAUCUCAUAGGCAGCCCUAUCCUUUCUACAUAUCUCAUAGGCACUAGGGAGCCCUAUCCUUUCUACAUAUCUCAUAGGCACUAGGGAGCCCUAUCCUUUCUACAUAUCUCAUAGGUACUAGGCAGCCCUAUCCUUUCUACAUAUCUCAUAGGUACUAGGGAGCCCUAUCCUUUCUACAUAUCUCGUAGGCAGCCCUAUCCUUUCUACAUAUCUCAUAGGCAGCCCUAUCCUUUCUACAUAUCUCAUAGGCACUAGGCAGCCCUAUCCUUUCUAAAUUUCUCUGCUUACCCGCUUUGCCUUAUCUCACAUUGCUCUCUCUCAAUCCUUCUCAUUCUGUCCCGCUCUCUUUAGUGCCCAGCAGUGUUGGGAAGAUGGAGGUGUCAGGCUACCAGUCCAAGCUGUUUUAACUCUCCUCCCUGGCUCCCAUCCUCUCUCUCUCUCCUCCCUGGCUCCCAUCCUCUCUCUCAAUUCAAUUAAAUUUAAGGGCUUUAUUGGCAUGGGAAACGUGUGUUAACAUUGCCAAAGCAAGUGAAGUAGAUAGUAAACAAAAGUGAAAUAAACAAUAAAUAUUAACAGUAAACAUUACACUCAGAAGUUCCAAAAGAAUAAAGAUAUUUCAAAUGUCAUAUUAUGUAUAUAUACAGUGUUGUAACGAUGUGCAAAUAGUUAAAGUACAAAUGGGAAAAUAAAUAAACAUAAAUAUGGGUUGUAUUUACAAUGGUGUUUGUUCUUCACUGGUUGCCCUUUUCUUGUGGCAACAGGUCACACAUUUUGCUGCUGUGAUGUCACACUGUGGUUUUUCACCCAGUAGAUAAGGGAGUUAUCAAAAUUGGGUUUGUUUUCAAAUUCUUUGUGGAUCUCUGUAAUCUGAGGGAAAUAUGUGUCUCUAAUAUGGUCAUACAUUUGGCAGGAGGUUAGGAAGUGCAGCUCAGUUUCCACCUCAUUUUGUGGGCAGUGUGCACAUAACCUGUCUUCUCUUGAGAGCCAGGUCUGCCUACGGCGGCCUUUCUCAAUAGCAAGGCUAUGCUCACUGAGUCUGUACAUAGUCAAAGCUUUCCUUAAAUUUGGGUCAGUCACAGUGGUCAGGUAAUUCUGCCACUGUGUACUCUCUGUUUAGAGCCAAAUAGCAUUCUAGUUUGCUCUGUUUUUUUGUUAAUUCUUUCCAAUGUGUCAAGUAAUUCUCUCUUUGUUUUCUCAUGAUAUGGUUGGGUCUAAUUGUUGGCAGAGCAUGGCGCUUGCAACGCCAGGGUUGUGGGUUCGAUUCCCACGGGGGGCCAGUAUGAAAAAAUGUAUGCAUUCACUAAAACUGUAAGUUGCUCUGGAUAAGAGCGUCUGCUAAAUGACUAAAAUGUAAAUGUUGUUGUUGUCCUGGGGCUCUGUGGGGUCUGUUUGUGUUUGUGAACAGAGCCCCAGGACCAGCUUACUUAGGGGACUAUUUGUAGGUGAUGGCUUUGUUAUGGAAGUUUUGGGAAUCGCUUCCUUUUAAGUGGUUAUAGAAUUUAACGGCUCUUUUCUGGAUUUUGAUAAUUAGCGGGUAUCGGCCUAAUUACAUUUACAUUACAUUUUAGUCAUUUAGCAGACGCUCUUAUCCAGAGCGACUUACAGUUAGUGAAUACAUAUCUUUUUAUAAUUCUACUCUGCAUGCAUUAUUUGGUGUUUUUCGUUGUACACAGAGGAUAUUUUUGCAGAAUUCUGCAUGCAGAGUUUCAAUUUGGUGUUUGUCCCAUUUUGUGAAUUCUUGGUUGGUGAGCGGACCCCAGACCUCACAACCAUAAAGGGCAAUGGGUUCUAUAACUGAUUCAAGUAUUGUUAGCCAGAUCCUAAUUGUUACAGUGGGGAAAAAAAGUAUUUAGUCAGCCACCAAUUGUGCAAGUUCUCCAACUUAAAAAGAUGAGAGAGGCCUGUAAUUUUCCUCAUAGGUACACGUCAACUAUGACAGACAAAAUGAGAAAAAAAAAUCCAGAAAAUCACAUUGAAGGAUUUUUAAUGAAUUUAUUUGCAAAUGAUGGUGGAAAAUAAGUAUUUGGUCAAUAACAAAAGUUUCUCAAUACUUUGUUAUAUACCCUUUGUUGGCAAUGACACAGGUCAAACAUUUUCUGUAAGUCUUCACAAGGUUUUCACACACUGUUGCUGGUAUUUUGGCCCAUUCCUCCAUGCAGAUCUCCUCUAGAACAGUGAUGUUUUGGGGCUGUCGCUGGGCAACACAGACUUUCAACUCCCUCCAAAGAUUUUCUAUGGGGUUGAGAUCUGGAGACUGGCUAGGCCACUCCAGGACCUUGAAAUGCUUCUUACGAAGCCACUCCUUUGUUGCCCGGGCGGUGUGUUUGGGAUCAUUGUCAUGCUGAAAAACCCAGCCACGUUUCAUCUUCAAUGUUAAAGAGUAAUUUAGUAAAAAGCCAAUUUGACAUUUGCUCAGUACAUUGUCUUCACUGAGGAAAUGAACUAGUCUGCUGUUAUUGAUAAUGCAGAGGAUUUUCCCAAGGUUGCUGUUGACACAUAUCCCACGGUAGUUAUUGGGGUCAAAUUUGUCUCCACUUUUGUGGAUUGGGGUGAUCAGUCCUUGGUUCCAAAUAUUGGGGAAGAUGCCAGAGCUAAAGAUGAUGUUAAAGAGUUUAAGUAUAGCCAUUUGGAAUUUGUGGUCUGUAUAUUUUAUAAUUUCAUUGAGGAUAUCAUCAACACCACAGGCCUUUUUGGGUUGGAGGGUUUGUAUUUUGUCCUGUAGUUCAUUCAAUGUAAUUAGAGAAUCCAGUGGGUUCUGGUAGUCUUUAAUAGUUGAUUCUAAGAUUUACAUUUGAUCAUGUAUAUUUUUUUGCUGUUUGUUCUUUGUUAUAGGGCCAAAAAGGGGGGGGAGGUCAUCUGCCUUUGGCCUAAAGAGCAGGAACCUGGACUUCACCAAAGAAAUACAGACAUUGUCAUCCUACAAGAAACAUGGUAUAGAGGAGACGGACCCACUGGUUGCCCUCUAGGUUACAGAGAGCUGGUAGUCCCAUCCACCAAACUACCAGGUGUGAAACAGGGAAGAGACUCAGGGGGUAUGCUAAUUUGGUAUAGAGCAGACCUAACUCACUCUAUUAAAUUAGACAAAACAGGAACAUUUUACAUUUGGCUAGAAAUUCAAAAGGAAAUGAUCUCAACAGAGAAAAAUGUCCUCAUGUGUGCUACCUAUAUCCCCCCACUAGAAUCCCAAUACUUUAAUGAAGACAGCUUCUCCAUCCUAGAGGGGCGGCAGGUAGCUUAGUGGGUAAGAGCGUUGUGCCAGUAACCGAAAGGUCGCUGGUUCUAAUCCCCGAGCUGACUAGGUGAAAAAUCUGUCGAUGUGCCCUUAAGCAAGGCACUUAACCCUAAUUGCUCCUGUAAGUCGCUCUGGAUAAGAGCGUCUGCUAAAUGACGUAAAUGUAAAAAUGUAAAUGUAAAAAUCAAUCAUUUCCAGACCCAGGGACAUGUACUAGUCUGUGGCGACCUAAAUGCCAGAACUGGACAAGAACCUGACACCCUCAGCACACAGGGGGACAAACACCUACCUGGAGGUGACAAUAUUCGGGUCACAACUCCUGCAGCUCUGUUGCACGCUGGGUAUGUACAUAGUCAAUGGUAGGCUUCGAGGGGACUCCUAUGGUAGGUACACCUAUAGCCCAUCUCUUGGCAGUAGUACUGUAGACUACUUUAUCACUGACCUCUACCCAGAGUCUCUCAGAGCGUUCACAGUCAGCCCACUGACACCCCUAUCAGAUCACAGCAAAAUCACAGUCUACUUGAACAGAGCAAUACUCAAUCAUGAGGAAUCAAAGCCAAAGGAACUGAAUAAUAUUAAGAAAUGCUAUAGAUGGAAGGAAAGUAGUGUCGAAACCUACCAAAAAACAAUUAGGAAACAACAAAUUCAAUCCCUUUUAGACAACUUCCUGGACAAAACGUUCCACUGUAAUAGUGAAGGUGUAAACUUGGCAGUAGAAAACCUAAACAGUAUAUUUGACUUCUCAGCUUCCCUAUCAAAUCAAAAAAUCUCUAACAGAAAACCGAAGAAAAGUAACAACAGUGACAAAUGCUUUGAUGAAGAAUGCAAAAACCUAAGAAAGAAACUGAGAAACCUAUCCAACCAAAAACAUAGAGACACAGAAAACCUGAGCCUACGCCUUCACUAUGGGGAAUCACUAAAACAAUACAGAAAUACACUACGGAAAAAGAAGGAACAGCAUGUCAGAAAUCAGCUCAAUGUAAUUGAAGAAUCCAUAGACUCUAACCACUUCUGGGGAAAUUGGAAAACACUAAACAAACAACAACACGAAGAGCUAUCUAUCCGAAACCCAGCCACGUUUCAUCUUCAAUGCCCUUACUGAUGGAAGGAGGUUUUCACUCAAAAUCUCACGAUACAUGGCCCCAUUAAUUCUUUCCUUUGCACGGAUCAGUCGUCCUGGUCCCUUUGCAGAAAAACAGCCCCAAAGCAUGAUGUUUCCACCCCCAUGCUUCAUAGUAGGUAUGGUGUUCUUUGGAUGCAACUCAGCAUUCUUUGUCCUCCAAACACGACGAGUUGAGUUUUUACCAAAAAGUUCUAUUUUGGUUUCAUCUGACCAUAUGACAUUCUCCCAAUCCUCUUCCUGAUCAUCCAAAUGCACUCUAGCAAACUUCAGACGGGCCUGGACAUGUACUGUCUUAAGCAGGGGGACACGUCUAGCACUGCAGGAUUUGAGUCCCUGGCGGCGUAGUGUGUUACUGAUGGUAGGCUUUGUUACUUUGGUCCCAGCUCUCUGCAGGUCAUUCACUAGGUCCCCCGUGUGGUUCUGGGAUUUUUGCUCACCGUUCUUGUGAUCAUUUUGACCCCACGGGGUGAGAUCUUGCGUGGAGCCCCAGAUCGAGGGAGAUUAUCAGUGGUCUUGUAUGUCUUCCAUUUCCUACUAAUUGCUCCCACAGUUUAUUUCUUCAAACCAAGAUGCUUACCUAUUGCAGAUUCAGUCUUCCCAGCCUGGUGCAGGUCUACAAUUUUGUUUCUGGUGUCCUUUGACAGCUCUUUGGUCUUGGCCAUAGUGGAGUUUGGAGUGUGACUGUUUGAGGUUGUGGACAGGUGUCUUUUAUACUGAUAACAAGUUCAAACAGGUGCCAUUAAUACAGGUAACCAGUGGAGGACAGAGGAGCCUCUUAAAGAAGAAGUUACAGGUCUGUGAGAGCUAGAAAUCUUGCUUGUUUGUAGGUGACCAAAUACUUAUUUUCCACCAUAAUUUGCUAAUAAAUUCAUUAAAAAUCCUACAAUGUGAUUUUCUUGAUUUUUUUUCCUCAAUUUGUCUGUCAUAGUUGACGUGCACCUAUGAUGAAAAUUACAGGCCUCUUUCAUCUUUUUAAGUGGGAGAACUUGCACAAUUGGUGGCUGACUAAAUACUUUUUUUCCCCACUGUAUGUCAAAUUUUAUGUUCCUUUUGAUGGCAUAGAAGGCCCUUCUUGCCUUGUCUCUCAGAUCAUUCACAGCUUUGUGGAAGUUACCUGUGGCGCUGAUGUUUAGGCCGAGGUAUGUAUAGUUUUUUGUGUGCUCUAGGGCAACGGUGUCUAGAUGGUAUUUGUGGUCCUGGCAACUGGACCUUUUUUGGAACACCAUUAUUUUUGUCUUACUAAGAUUUACUGUCAGGGCCCAGGUCUGACAGAAUCUGUGCAGAAGAUCUAGGUGCUGCUGUAGGCCCUCCUUGGUUGGGGACAGAAGCACCAGAUCAUCAGCAAACAGUAGACAUUUGACUUCAGAUUCUAGUAGGGUAAGGCCGGGUGCUGCAGACUGUUCUAGUGCCCUCGCCAAUUUGUUGAUAUAUAUGUUGAAGAGGGUGGGGCUUAAACUGCAUCCCUGUCUCACCCCACGGCCCUGUGGAAAGAAAUGUGUGUGUUUUUUGCUAAUUUUAACCACACACUUGUUGUUUGUGUACAUGGAUUUUAUAAUGUCGUAUGUUUUUCCCCCAACCCCACUUUCCAUCAAUUUGUAUAGCAGGCCCUCAUGCCAAAUUGAGUCAAAAGCUUUUUUGAAAUCAACAAAGCAUGAGAAGACUUUGCCUUUGUUUUGGUUUGUUUGUUUGUCAGUUAGUGUGUGCAGGGUGAAUACGUGGUCGGUUGUAGGGUAAUUUAGUAAAAAGCCAAUUUGACAUUUGCUCAGUACAUUGUCUUCACUGAGGAAAUGAACUAGUCUGCUGUUAUUGAUAAUGCAGAGGAUUUUCCCAAGGUUGCUGUUGACACAUAUCCCACGGUAGUUAUUGGGGUCAAAUUUGUCUCCACUUUUGUGGAUUGGGGUGAUCAGUCCUUGGUUCCAAAUAUUGGGGAAGAUGCCAGAGCUAAAGAUGAUGUUAAAGAGUUUAAGUAUAGCCAUUUGGAAUUUGUGGUCUGUAUAUUUUAUAAUUUCAUUGAGGAUAUCAUCAACACCACAGGCCUUUUUGGGUUGGAGGGUUUGUAUUUUGUCCUGUAGUUCAUUCAAUGUAAUUAGAGAAUCCAGUGGGUUCUGGUAGUCUUUAAUAGUUGAUUCUAAGAUUUACAUUUGAUCAUGUAUAUUUUUUUGCUGUUUGUUCUUUGUUAUAGGGCCAAAAAGGGGGGGGAGGUCAUCUGCCUUUGGCCUAAAGAGCAGGAACCUGGACUUCACCAAAGAAAUACAGACAUUGUCAUCCUACAAGAAACAUGGUAUAGAGGAGACGGACCCACUGGUUGCCCUCUAGGUUACAGAGAGCUGGUAGUCCCAUCCACCAAACUACCAGGUGUGAAACAGGGAAGAGACUCAGGGGGUAUGCUAAUUUGGUAUAGAGCAGACCUAACUCACUCUAUUAAAUUAGACAAAACAGGAACAUUUUACAUUUGGCUAGAAAUUCAAAAGGAAAUGAUCUCAACAGAGAAAAAUGUCCUCAUGUGUGCUACCUAUAUCCCCCCACUAGAAUCCCAAUACUUUAAUGAAGACAGCUUCUCCAUCCUAGAGGGGCGGCAGGUAGCUUAGUGGGUAAGAGCGUUGUGCCAGUAACCGAAAGGUCGCUGGUUCUAAUCCCCGAGCUGACUAGGUGAAAAAUCUGUCGAUGUGCCCUUAAGCAAGGCACUUAACCCUAAUUGCUCCUGUAAGUCGCUCUGGAUAAGAGCGUCUGCUAAAUGACGUAAAUGUAAAAAUGUAAAUGUAAAAAUCAAUCAUUUCCAGACCCAGGGACAUGUACUAGUCUGUGGCGACCUAAAUGCCAGAACUGGACAAGAACCUGACACCCUCAGCACACAGGGGGACAAACACCUACCUGGAGGUGACAAUAUUCGGGUCACAACUCCUGCAGCUCUGUUGCACGCUGGGUAUGUACAUAGUCAAUGGUAGGCUUCGAGGGGACUCCUAUGGUAGGUACACCUAUAGCCCAUCUCUUGGCAGUAGUACUGUAGACUACUUUAUCACUGACCUCUACCCAGAGUCUCUCAGAGCGUUCACAGUCAGCCCACUGACACCCCUAUCAGAUCACAGCAAAAUCACAGUCUACUUGAACAGAGCAAUACUCAAUCAUGAGGAAUCAAAGCCAAAGGAACUGAAUAAUAUUAAGAAAUGCUAUAGAUGGAAGGAAAGUAGUGUCGAAACCUACCAAAAAACAAUUAGGAAACAACAAAUUCAAUCCCUUUUAGACAACUUCCUGGACAAAACGUUCCACUGUAAUAGUGAAGGUGUAAACUUGGCAGUAGAAAACCUAAACAGUAUAUUUGACUUCUCAGCUUCCCUAUCAAAUCAAAAAAUCUCUAACAGAAAACCGAAGAAAAGUAACAACAGUGACAAAUGCUUUGAUGAAGAAUGCAAAAACCUAAGAAAGAAACUGAGAAACCUAUCCAACCAAAAACAUAGAGACACAGAAAACCUGAGCCUACGCCUUCACUAUGGGGAAUCACUAAAACAAUACAGAAAUACACUACGGAAAAAGAAGGAACAGCAUGUCAGAAAUCAGCUCAAUGUAAUUGAAGAAUCCAUAGACUCUAACCACUUCUGGGGAAAUUGGAAAACACUAAACAAACAACAACACGAAGAGCUAUCUAUCCAAAACGGAGGUCUGGGCGGGGUCUGUUGAUCUGUUGCUCCUGUGUGAGGUGUUGGGUCUGCAGUUGAGGGCGAUAUCCUUUAGGGUCCGGGCGAAGGUGGGCACUGCUGCCUUGUAUAGGUGGACCUGGUCAUAAAGGCUGUUCACGUCCAGGGUGGAGUGGUGGGCCAGGUAGACAUUUGGUUUUGAUGCACAGUCACAGGAAAUACUUGUGUUUACCUGCUGUAUUGUAGCAGGGUGGAAGUAUUUUCAUGGUAGCAGGGUUGAGAUAACCACUUGUGCGUUGGGGAAAGUAGAAGAAGCUUUUUCUAUCACUCCCUUGAGUGCUGUGGCCACCCUUUCCUGCUGUGUUCUCAGGUCGUUUGUGCCUGUGUGUAUUAUUAUGUGGCUGGGUGAUCCUAGUCGGUCCUCAGACAGAAGGUCUAGGGCGCGCUGGGUGUUUGGACACCAGAGUUUAGACACUGUGUGUUUGGGAAAAAGUUUAUUUUCUUGUAUGUAUUUCCCGUUUGAGUCCAUAAGGAGUACAAUCUGUGGCUUGUGUAUGUCCUCAGUGGGUGUGGGGAGGUCGUCAUGAGGGCUAUCAGGGUGGCUGACGGGGGGGGGUGCUCAGAGGGGUUGGGAUCCCAAGGGCUUGGGGUUCUUCAUUUGUUUGUCUCUCUCUAUCUCUCCCCCCCCCCCCCGUGAAGAGGUGUUGUGGAGAUGGAGGUGUCAGGCUACCAGUCCAAGCUGCUGUGUGAGCUCAAUGAGCAGCGGAAGAGAGACUUCUUCUGUGACUGCUGUAUCGUCGUGGAGGGGCGGGUCUUCAAGGCCCAUCGCAACGUUCUAUUCGCCGGCAGCGGUUACUUCCGCGCCCUAUUGGUCCACUACCUACAGGUGAGUCGUUUUAUGAAGUUUACCUGGUACUGAUACAAAAUACAUAGUUAAGGAGCCUGUGUAUUGUUUUACCUGGUACUGAUACAAAAUACAUAGUUAAGGAGCCUGUGUAUUGUGAAAGGGAGAUUGAUAAUGGCUAUAGUAACACAGUUGACAAUGGCACUCCCGUUUAAAAAGAAUGGAAAGGACACUUGUUGUUGGGUAAGCUCUAAUCUAAUCUCUCCACCACCCUCCUCAGGACAGCGGUCAGCACCACAGCACGGCCUCUCUGGACAUCGUGACGGCCGAGGCCUUCUCCUCCAUCCUGGACUUCCUGUACUCGGGCCGACUGGACCUGCGCAGCGAGAACGUCAUCGAGGUGAUGUCAGCGGCCAGCUACUUCCAGAUGACUGACGUGGUCUCCUUCUGUAAAGGCUACAUCCGCUCCUCUCUGGAGAUCUACAAUAGGGAUAAUGAGGGGGAGAGAGCGAGAGAGGGGGAGAGGGAGAGAGAGCGAGAAAGAGAGAGGGAGAGAGAGAGAGAAAGAGAGAGGGAGAGGGAGAGAGAGAGAGACAAAGGGAGGGAACGGGAAAGAGAGACGGAGAGAGAGGGUCCGGCUGACAGUGGAACCCCAGCCUUGCCACCUCCUUCUUCCAGUGCCUCUGUAGCUGUAACUGUUCCUCCGUUGUCACUAGAGGGAGAUGGAGUUACUAAUGUAAGUUCAGAGCCCUCCCCAUCCACUGUCACAGACCCCCCAUCCUCAGCAGCCCUCCCCAGUGUCCCCACGCCCCCCGGCCCCAGCAGGGACUCGGAGAGCGACGACUGCAGCUCCAGAGGGGAGUUCCCGUCUCAUAUUAUUGGGGGCCGGACGCCCCACGGACACAGGGACCACCUGACGAACCCCCUUUCCUCCUUAGAACAGGUGCAACCCAAGAUCGAGUACGACCCCGAUGACGAGCCCGAGGAGGGGUCCCCCGAUACCAAAGACCUGCCGUUGUUUAUGGGACCCCCCCUCCACCACCACCACCCAGACCACCACAUCCAUGACAGACUGGCGUCCUCCAGCGCUUCCCCCAGCAGCGAACGCUCCUCCCUGGGCUUCGGGGGCUGCCACGCCAGGCAGUUCAUGGAUGUGCUGUUGAGAGGUGGCUCCAGCCCCCACAGGGACAGAGGGGAGCAGGGCCUGAUGUUUGCCCAGGGAAUGGGCCUCUGGGGUGGGGGAGGCAGGGUGGAUGAGGGCCUGGGGAUGGGUGGUUCCUCCAUAAUGGAGAUACAGAGCGACUGGUACGGAGAGGACACAGGUAAUUACAUUCAUUUAGUUUUAACUCUAUAAGGCUUUAUAUUAAACUUUACUUUCCUCUUGUUUCUUCCUAAAUAUGGCGUUUUUUCUUACCACUAUCAGGCUUUGACUUUUAGGGGUUUAGGCCUGGGUUUCUUUCUGCUUUCAUGACAAGUAUAUUUGCUUUAAAGAAGAUCAUAAAACAUUGACUAAAGGACUAAAUCAUUGAUCAAUGCUGCCCCCUGCAGGUGAUGUCUUGAUGGUGCCAGUUUGUACUGUAUAUUGAUUGAUUCGUUGUUUGAUUGACUUUUCUCCCCUGCAGGAGAUGGCUUGGUAGUGCCGGUGAAGCUCCAUAAAUGUCCGUUCUGCCCGUACACUGCCAAGCAGAAGGGCAUCCUGAAGAGACACAUCCGCUGUCACACUGGAGAGAGACCCUUCCCCUGUGAGACAUGUGGCAAGAGGUUCACACGCCAGGAGCACCUCCGCAGCCACUCACUCAGCGUAAGAAAGGGGGAGACGUGUGUGUGUGUGUGUGUGUGUGUGCGUGUGCGUGUGUGUGUGUGUGUGUGUGUGUGUGUGUGUGUGUGUGUGUGCGUGUGCGUGUGAAAGAGAGUUUGUCUCAAACAAUGAUUUACUUCAACCAUAACCAGACAAAUAUGUAGCUACGCUAAAAUCAUUAGAAUCUGUUGAUUAGGUCUGACCAUCUCUCUAUCUGACCAUCUCUCUGUCUGACCAUCUGUUGAUUAGGUCUGACCAUCUCUCUAUCUGACCAUCUCUCUGUCUGACCAUCUGUUCUUUAGGUCUGACCAUCUCUCUGUCUGACCAUCUGUUGAUUAGGUCUGACCAUCUCUCUGUCUGACCAUCUGUUGAUUAGGUCUGACCAUCUCUCUGUCUGACCAUCUGUUGAUUAGGUCUGACCAUCUCUCUGUCUGACCAUCUGUUGAUUAGGUCUGACCAUCUCUCUGUCUGACCAUCUGUUGAUUAGGUCUGACCAUCGCUCUGUGUGACCAUCUGUUGAUUAGGUCUGACCAUCUCUCUGUCUGACCAUCUGUUGAUUAGGUCUGACCAUCGCUCUGUCUGACCAUCUGUUGUUUAGGUCUGACCAUCUCUCUGUCUGACCAUCUGUUGAUUAGGUCUGACCAUCUCUCUGUCUGACCAUCUGUUGUUUAGGUCUGACCAUCGCUCUGUCUGACCAUCUGUUGAUUAGGUCUGACCAUCUCUCUGUCUGACCAUCUGUUGUUUAGGUCUGACCAUCGCUCUGUCUGACCAUCUGUUGAUUAGGUCUGACCAUCUCUCUGUCUGACCAUCUGUUGAUUAGGUCUGACCAUCUCUCUGUCUCACCAUCUCUCUGUCUGACCAUCUGUUGUCUGACCAUCUGUUGUUUAGGUCUGACCAUCUCUCUGUCUGACCAUCUGUUGAUUAGGUCUGACCAUCUCUCUGUCUGACCAUCUGUUGAUUAGGUCUGACCAUCUAUCUGUCUCACCAUCUCUCUGUCUGACCAUCUGUUGUCUGCUUGUCACUGGGUGUCUGUUCAGAGACACUGAUCUGUUCGCAUGCCUUUGGGUUCUUCAUAUUGAGGAAGCACACCAUCAUCAUGGUCAUGUAUAUGUCUGUGUCUGUCAGCCUGGUCCCUCUCUGUACUGUAGUCUGUGUCUGUCAGCCUGGUCCCCCUCUGUACUGUAGUCUGUGUCUGUCAGCCUGGUCCCCCUCUGUACUGUAGUCUGUCAGCCUGGUCCCCGUCUGUACUGUAGUCUGUCAGCCUGGUCCCCCUCUGUACUGUAGUCUGUGUCUGUCAGCCUGGUCCCCCUCUGUACUGUAGUCUGUGUCUGUCAGCCUGGUCCCCCUCUGUACUGUAGUCUGUGUCUGUCAGCCUGGUCCCCCUCUGUACUGUAGUCUGUGUCUGUCAGCCUGGUCCCCCUCUGUACUGUAGUCUGUCAGCCUGGUCCCCCUCUGUACUGUAGUCUGUGUCUGUCAGCCUGGUCCCCCUCUGUACUGUAGUCUGUCAGCCUGGUCCCCGUCUGUACUGUAGUCUGUCAGCCUGGUCCCCCUCUGUACUGUAGUCUGUGUCUGUCAGCCUGGUCCCCCUCUGUACUGUAGUCUGUGUCUGUCAGCCUUGGUCCCCCUCUGUACUGUAGUCUGUGUCUGUCAGCCUGGUCCCCCUCUGUACUGUAGUCUGUGUCUGUCAGCCUGGUCCCCCUCUGUACUGUAGUCUGUGUCUGUCAGCCUGGUCCCCCGUCUGUACUGUAGUCUGUGUCUGUCAGCCUGGUCCCCCUCUGUACUGUAGUCGUUCCAGCCUGGUCCCCCUCUGUACUGUAGUCUGUCAGCCUGGUCCCCCUCUGUACUGUAGUCUGUCAGCCUGGUCCCCCUCUGUACUGUAGUCUGUGUCUGUCAGCCUGGUCCUCCUCUGUACUGUAGUCUGUCAGCCUGGUCCCCCUCUGUACUGUAGUCUGUGUCUGUCAGCCUGGUCCCCCUCUGUACUGUAGUCUGUCAGCCUGGUCCCCCCUCUUUACUGUAGUCUGUGUUCUGUCAGCCUGGUCCCCCUCUGUACUGUAGUCUGUUGUCUGUCAGCCUGGUCCCCCUCUGUACUGUAGUCUGUCAGCCUGGUCCCCCUCUGUACUGUAGUCUGUCAGCCUGGUCCCCCUCUGUACUGUAGUCUGUGUCUGUCAGCCUGGUCCCCCUCUGUACUGUAGUCUGUCAGCCUGGUCCCCCUCUGUCCUGUAGUCCUGUCAGCCUGGUCCCCCUCUGUACUGUAGUCCUGUCAGCCUGGUCCCCCUCUGUACUGUAGUCUGUGUCUGUCAGCCUGGUCCCCCUCUGUACUGUAGUCUGUGUCUGUCAGCCUGGUCCCCCUCUGUACUGUAGUCUGUGUCUGUCAGCCUGGUCCCCCCCUGUACUGUAGUCUGGUGUCUGUCAGCCUGGUCCCCCUCUGUACUGUAGUCUGUGUCUGUCAGCCUGGUCCCCCUCUGUACUGUAGUCUGUGUCUGUCAGCCUGGUCCCCCUCUGUACUGUAGUCUGUGUCUGUCAGCCUGGUCCCCCUCUGUACUGUAGUCUGUGUCUGUCAGCCUGGUCCCCCUCUGUACUGUAGUCUGUGUCUGUCAGCCUGGUCCCCCUCUGUACUGUAGUCUGUGUCUGUCAGCCUGGUCCCCCUCUGUACUGUAGUCUGUGUCUGUCAGCCUGGUCCCCCUCUGUACUGUAGUCUGUGUCUGUCAGCCUGGUCCCCGUCUGUACUGUAGUCUGUCAGCCUGGUCCCUCCUCUGUACUGUAGUCUGUGUCUGUCAGCCUGGUCCCCCUCUGUACUGUAGUCUGUGUCUGUCAGCCUGGUCCCCUCUGUACUGUAGUCUGUGUCUGUCAGCCUGGUCCCCCUCUGUACUGUAGUCUGUGUCUGUCAGCCUGGUCCCCCUCUGUACUGUAGUCUGUGUCUGUCAGCCUGGUCCCUCCUCUGUACUGUAGUCUGUGUCUGUCAGCCUGGUCCCCUCUGUACUGUAGUCUUUGUCUGUCAGCCUGGUCCCCGUCUGUACUGUACGUCUGUCAGCCUGGUCCCCUCUCUGUAAUGUAGUCUGUGUCUGUCAGCCUGGUCCCCCUCUGUACUGUAGUCUGUGUCUGUCAGCCUGGUCCCCCUCUGUACUGUAGUCUGUGUCUGUCAGCCUGGUCCCCCUCUGUACUGUAGUCUGUCAGCCUGGUCCCCCUCUGUACUGUAGUCUGUGUCUGUCAGCCUGGUCCCCCUCUGUACUGUAGUCUGUGUCUGUCAGCCUGGUCCCCCUCUGUACUGUAGUCUGUGUCUGUCAGCCUGGUCCCCCUCUGUACUGUAGUCUGUGUCUGUCAGCCUGGUCCCCCUCUGUACUGUAGUCUGUGUCUGUCAGCCUGGUCCCCUCUGUACUGUAGUCUGUGUCUGUCAGCCUGGUCCCCCUCUGUACUGUAGUCUGUGUCUGUCAGCCUGGUCCCCCUCUGUACUUGUAGUCUGUCAGCCUGGUCCCCCUCUGUACUGUAGUCCUGUGUCUGUCAUCCUGGUCCCCCUCUGUACUGUAGUCUGUGUCUGUCAGCCUGGUCCCCCUCUGUACUGUAGUCUGUGUCUGUCAGCCUGGUCCCCCUCUGUACUGUAGUCGUGUCUGUCAGCCUGGUCCCCCUCUGUACUGUAGUCUGUGUCUGUCAGCCUGGUCCCCCUCUGUACUGUAGUCUGUCCAGCCUGGUCCCCCUCUGCCGUACCUGGUCCUGUCUGUGUCUGUGCGUAGCCUGGUCCCCCUCUGUACUGUAGUCUGUCAGCCUGGUCCCCCUCUGUACUGUAGUCUGUCAGCCUGGUCCCCCUCUGUACUGUAGUCUGUGUCUGUCAGCCUGGUCCCCUCUGUACUGUAGUCUGUGUCUGUCAGCCUGGUCCCCCUCUGUACUGUAGUCUGUCAGCCUGGUCCCCCUCUGUACUGUAGUCUGUCAGCCUGGUCCCCCUCUGUACUGUAGUCUGUCAGCCUGGUCCCCCUCUGUACUGUAGUCUGUCAGCCUGGUCCCCCUCUGUACUGUAGUCUGUGUCUGUCAGCCUGGUCCCCCUCUGUACUGUAGUCUGUGUCUGUCAGCCUGGUCCCCGUCUGUACUGUAGUCUGUGUCUGUCAGCCUGGUCCCUCCUCUGUACUGUAGUCUGUGUCUGUCAGCCUGGUCCCCCUCUGUACUGUAGUCUGUGUCUGUCAGCCUGGUCCCCCUCUGUACUGUAGUCUGUGUCUGUCAGCCUGGUCCCCCUCUGUACUGUAGUCUGUGUCUGUCAGCCUGGUCCCCCUCUGUACUGUAGUCUGUGUCUGUCAGCCUGGUCCCCCUCUGUACUGUAGUCUGUGUCUGUCAGCCUGGUCCCCCCUCUGUACUGUAGUCUGUGUCUGUCAGCCUGGUCCCCCUCUGUACUGUAGUCUGUCAGCCUGGUCCCCCUCUGUACUGUAGUCUGUGUCUGUCAGCCUGGUCCCCCUCUGUACUGUAGUCUGUGUCUGUCAGCCUGGUCCCUGUCUGUACUGUAGUCUGUGUCUGUCAGCCUGGUCCCCCUCUGUACUGUAGUCUGUGUCUGUCAGCCUGGUCCCCCUCUGUACUGUAUGUCUGUCAGCCUGGUCCCCCUCUGUACUGUAGUCUGUGUCUGUCAGCCUGGUCCCCCUCUGUACUGUAGUCUGUGUCUGUCAGCCUGGUCCCUCUCUAUACUGUAGUCUGUCAGCCUGGUCCCCGUCUGUACUGUAGACUGUCAGCCUGGUCCCCCUCUGUACUGUAGUCUGUCAGCCUGGUCCCCUCUGUACUGUAGUCUGUCAGCCUGGUCCCCCUCGUACUGUAGUCUGUGUCUGUCAGCCUGGUCCCCCUCUGUACUGUAGUCUGUGUCUGUCAGCCUGGUCCCCGUCUGUACUGUAGUCUGUCAGCCUGGUCCCCCUCUGUACUGUAGUCUGUCAGCCUGGUCCCCCUCUGUACUGUAGUCUGUGUCUGUCAGCCUGGUCCCCGUCUCUGUACUGUAGUCUGUCAGCCUGGUCCCCCUCUGUCGUAGUCUGUCAGCCUGGUCCCCCUCUGUACUGUAGUUGUCCUGUCAGCCUGGUCCCCCUCUGUACUGUAGUCCUGUCAGCCUGGUCCCCCUCUGUACUGUAGUCUGUCAGCUGGUCCCCCUCUGUACUGUAGUCUGUGUCUGUCAGCCUGGUCCCCCUCUGUACUGUAGUCUGUGUCUGUCAGCCUGGUCCCCCUCUGUACUGUAGUCUGUCAGCCUGGUCCCCCUCUGUACUGUAGUCUGUGUCUGUCAGCCUGGUCCCCCUCUGUACUGUAGUCUGUCAGCCUGGUCCCCCUCUGUACUGUAGUCUGUGUCUGUCAGCCUGGUCCCCCUCUGUACUGUAGUCUGUGUCUGUCAGCCUGGUCCCCCUCUGGUACUGUAGUCUGUGUCUGUCAGCCAUGGUCCCCUCUGUACUGUAGUCUGUGUCUGUCAGCCUGGUCCCCCUCUGUACUGUAGUCUGUGUCUGUCAGCCUGGUCCCCCUCUGUACUGUAGUCUGUGUCUGUCAGCCUGGUCCCCCUCUGUACUGUAGUCUGUGUCUGUCAGCCUGGUCCCCCUCUGUACUGUAGUCUGUGUCUGUCAGCCUGGUCCCCCUCUGUACUGUAGUCUGUGUCUGUCAGCCUGGUCCCCCUCUGUACUGUAGUCUGUGUCUGUCAGCCUGGUCCCCCUCGGUACUGUAGUCUGUGUCUGUCAGCCUGGUCCCCCUCUGUACUGUAGUCUGGUCUGUCAGCCUGGUCCCCCUCUGUACUGUAGUCUGUGUCUGUCAGCCUGGUCCCCCUCUGUACUGUAGUCUUUGUCUGUCAGCCUGGUCCCCCUCUGUACUGUAGUCUGUGUCUGUCAGCCUGGUCCCCCUCUGUACUGUAGUCUGUGUCUGUCAGCCUGGUCCCCUGUCUGUACUGUAGUCUGUGUCUGUCAGCCUGGUCCCCCUCUGUACUGUAGUCUGUGUCUGUCAGCCUGGUCCCCCUCUGUACUGUAGUCUGUGUCUGUCAGCCUGGUCCCUUCUGUACUGUAGUCUGUGUCUGUCAGCCUGGUCCCCCUCUGUACUGUAGUCUGUCAGCCUGGUCCCCCUCUGUACUGUAGUCUGUGUCUGUCAGCCUGGUCCCUGUCUGUACUGUAGUCUGUGUCUGUCAGCCUGGUCCCCCUCUGUACUGUAGUCUGUCAGCCUGGUCCCCCUCUGUACUGUAGUCUGUCCAGCCUGGUCCCCCUCUGUACUGUAGUCUGUUCAGCCUGGUCCCCCUCUGUACUGUAGUCUGUGUCUGUCAGCCUGGUCCCCGUCUGUACUGUAGUCUGUCAGCCUGGUCCCCCUCUGUACUGUAGUCUGUCAGCCUGGUCCCCCUCUGUACUGUAGUCUGUCAGCCUGGUCCCCCUCUGUACUGUAGUCUGUCAGCCUGGUCCCCCUCUUGUACUGUAGUCUGUGGUCUGUCAGCCUGGUCCCUCUCAAUACUGUAGUCUGUCAGCCUGGUCCCCGUCUGUACUGUAGUCUGUCAGCCUGGUCCCCCUCUGUACUGUAGUCUGUGUCUGUCAGCCUGGUCCCCCUCUGUACUGUAGUCUGUGUCUGUCAGCCUGGUCCCCGUCUGUACUGUAGUCUGUCAGCUUGGUCCCCCUCUGUACUGUAGUCUGUGUCUGUCAGCCUGGUCCCCCUCUGUACUGUAGUCUGUGUCUGUCAGCCUGGUCCCCCUCUGUACUGUAGUCUGUCAGCCUGGUCCCCCUCUGUACUGUAGUCUUUGUCUGUCAGCCUGGUCCCCCUCUGUACUGUAGUCUGUGUCUGUCAGCCUGGUCCCCCUCUGUACUGUAGUCUGUGUCUGUCAGCCUGGUCCCCCUCUGUACUGUAGUCUGUGUCUGUCAGCCUGGUCCCCCUCUGUACUGUAGUCUGUGUCUGUCAGCCUGGUCCCCCUCUGUACUGUAGUCUGUCAGCCUGGUCCCCCUCUGUACUGUAGUCUGUGUCUGUCAGCCUGGUCCCCCUCUGUACUGUAGUCUGUCAGCCUGGUCCCCGUCUGUACUGUAGUCUGUCAGCCUGGUCCCCCUCUGUACGUGUAGUCUGUGUCUGUCAAAGCCUGGUCCCCCUCUGUUACUGUAGUCUGUGUCUGUCAGCCUGGUCCCCUCUGUCUGUAGUCUGUGUCUGUCAGCCUGGUCCCCCCUCUGUACUGUAGUCUGUCAGCCUGGUCCCCCUCUGUACUGUAGUCUGUCAGCCUGUCCCCCUCUGUACUGUAGUCUGUGUCGUCAGCCUGGUCCCCCUCUGUACUGUAGUCUGUGUCUGUCAGCCUUGUCCCCCUCGUACUGUAGUCUGUCAGCCUGGUCCCCCUCUGGACUGUAGUCUGUCAGCCUGGUCCCCCUCUGUACUGUAGUCCUGUCAGCCUGGUCCCCCUCUGUACUGUAGUCUGUGUCUGUCAGCCUGGUCCCCCUCUGUACUGUAGUCUGUGUCUGUCAGCCUGGUCCCCCUCUGUACUGUAGUCUGUGUCAGCCUGGUCCCCCUCUGUACUGUAGUCUGUUUGUACUGAUGGACUUCGUGUUUCUGUCUCUGACACCCAGGUGCACCGCUCCAGUUGGCCCGUGGUAUGUAAGGUGUGCAGGUGUAGCUUCACUGGAGCCCUGUCCAACGGACUCAAACGCUUUGGCCUGUGUGACAACUGUACCUGUGUUAAUACCACGGGCCACGACGACCACUCACCUCCCGCCCACAUCAACCUCAACGGCCAACCAGAGGCCAUGGAACGCGGGGACGGAGACAAUGAUUGGCCCAUCUUCAUGGAUGAUGCUGAUGACAUGGAGGCAGGGGGAGAGAUCAUAGAGGAACUGGGGGAGAAGGGCAGAACUACACAGACGACUAUCAGAGAUCCCAUCCACAGUGGACAUGAAGGAGAGGAGACAAGAAAAGGAAGAAUUGAACUUUCGGACACAGUUUUAGUCCUAUCUUGCCCUCUACCUCCUCCCAGUGGUUUAAGAGGGGAACAAUCCAAGACCGAGACAGAGUUCCAUGUUUACGUUCUCUUGGCUACUGUCAUGGUUACAGUAUGAUCAAAAGAUUGUGCGGAACUUGAGUGAAUUAUGUUUAGCAUGACCAUUAGAGGACUGUGUUAUCCCUAGAAGAAAGACACUGUGUUAUCCCAAGGAGAAAGACGUUGUUAUCCCAAGGAGAAAGACGUUGUGUUAUCCCUAGGAGAAAGACAU